AGCACCAUCACCAAGCAGCUCAUCAGUGAGCUAUCUAGAGGCGAGCGAGCGAGAGAUAAGAGGUACCUAGCUAGAAAGAACAAUGGCGGCGGGAGGCGGCGGUGGCAUCGCCGACGAGAAGGCGCCCGAGGCGUUCGGGCUGAGCCGGCACGUGGCGGAGGCGGAGAUGGAGGAGGAGCACGGCGGCGGUGCUGGUGGCGGCGUGAAGUCGAAGCUGUCCGGGCUGCUGUGGCACGGCGGGUCGGCGUACGACGCUUGGUUCAGCUGCGCCUCCAACCAGGUUGCUCAGGUGCUCCUGACGCUUCCCUACUCGUUCGCCCAGCUGGGCAUGCUGAGCGGCAUCCUGUUCCAGCUCUUCUACGGGCUGAUGGGCAGCUGGACGGCGUACCUGAUCAGCUUCCUGUACCUGGAGUACCGCACCCGUAAGGAGCGCGACAAGGUGGACUUCCGGAACCACGUGAUCCAGUGGUUCGAGGUGCUGGACGGGCUGCUGGGCCGGCACUGGCGCAACGCCGGCCUCGCCUUCAACUGCACCUUCCUCCUCUUCGGUUCGGUGAUCCAGCUCAUCGGCUGCGCCAGCAACAUCUACUACGUCAACGACCGGCUGGACAAGCGGACGUGGACCUACAUCUUCGGCGCCUGCUGCGCCACCACCGUCUUCAUCCCCUCCUUCCACAACUACCGGGUCUGGUCCUUCCUCGGGCUCGUCAUGACCACCUACACCGCCUGGUACAUCGCCGUCGCGUCGCUCCUCAACGGCCAGGUCGAGGGGGUCGCGCACUCGGGACCCACGAGGAUCGUCCUCUACUUCACCGGCGCCACCAACAUCCUCUACACCUUCGGCGGCCACGCCGUCACAGUGGAGAUCAUGCACGCGAUGUGGCGUCCGCAGAAGUUCAAGUCCAUCUACCUGCUGGCGACGGUGUACGUGCUGACGCUGACCCUGCCGUCCGCCGCCGCCGCGUACUGGGCCUUCGGCGACGCGCUGCUCACCCACUCCAACGCGCUAGCGCUGCUGCCGCGCACGCCCUUCCGCGACGCCGCCGUCGUGCUCAUGCUCAUCCACCAGUUCAUCACCUUCGGCUUCGCCUGCACCCCGCUCUACUUCGUCUGGGAGAAGCUCAUCGGCCUCCACGACUGCCGCAGCCUCUGCAAGCGCGCCGCCGCCAGGCUCCCCGUCGUCGUCCCCAUCUGGUUCCUCGCCAUCAUCUUCCCCUUCUUCGGGCCCAUCAACUCCGCCGUCGGGUCGCUGCUCGUCAGCUUCACCGUCUACAUCAUCCCGGCGCUGGCGCACAUGGUCACGUUCAGGUCCCCGCAGUCCAGGGAGAACGCGGUGGAGCGGCCGCCAAGGUUCGCCGGAGGGUGGACGGGCGCGUACGUGAUCAACUCCUUCGUGGUGGCCUGGGUGCUGGUGGUCGGUUUCGGCUUCGGCGGCUGGGCCAGCAUCACCAACUUCGUGCAGCAGGUCAACACCUUCGGCCUCUUCGCCAAGUGCUACCAGUGCCCGCCGCACCUCGCUGGCCCGCCGCCGCCGGCUCCAUUCGCGCCGCCGCCCAUGGCCCCGGCCCCCGCCAUGCCACCGGCGACGGCCUUCAACGCCACCGGGCUCUUCCCUGCGGUCCCAUCCCCGGCGCCGUCGCCGAUGAUGAACUUCUUCCUCCGCCACCACCACCACAGGCACCACGGCCGCCACGGCCUGUGAUCGAUAUGGCCGCCUCAAGUUAAGCCGGCAGAUUAGUAUGUACUCCGUUCGAGUUUGCUGUAGUUGUAGUGCUAUAGUUGUUGAUGAGCAGCAAGGUUCGAGGUAGCCGUAGUAAAAGGCCUUUGUUCUACUACUAAAUGCCACUCCCUUCAUGUUGAGAGAUAAAAGAGAGUCUGGGGCGGCUAAGUACCUAGCUUUGUACCGGUAGCAUGCAUGUCAAGCAGCAGAGAUGUGAUACGUUUGGAGUCUCUUGUCCUGUGCCGUGUCCUUGUGUGGAGCUGCUUUCGAGAAAGAAGCAGAAAAGAAAAGGAGAAAUGCAUGGAAUGUUGCUGGAGGCA